GCCCUCUCGCCUUCCACGUUUGCCACGUUCCAAAGGACCAGGACCGACUGGAAAGCCGAAAGCGGCUUGCGCUCACAGGCUGCCGAGUCGCGCUAGAACAGCUCUAAGUCCGCAGGGGGCGGGGAAGCGCUAUACGGUUCUGCCUCCGUCAUAGGAGCCUUUAUGAUUGGCUGCUUGGCUCGUCACUCGGCCUUCCGCUGGUGGAGAGGGGGCGGAGUUCAGCCGGGAAGGGGCGUGGCCUCAAGCUGGAGCGGGGCGCGCUCUCGCGCGGGGAGGGUAGACACUGGUUCGGCGCGCGCGAGAGCCGGGCGCGCGCAGGAGGCACGCGGGCGAAAGUCCUCAGAGGCGCUGCGGGAGGUGCUGAGACACCUACGCCGCUGCAGGAGCCGCGGCCCGCACCCGCUGUAGCGCCUGCCGCCGUCAGCGCCCCCGGCGCCCUGAGGGAGCCCCCCACCCCUCGCCUGCUCCAGCGGUGCGCAUGAUGGCCCCGCGCAAGAAUGCCAAGGGAGGCGGCGGCGGCAACAGCAGCAGCAGCAGCUCCAGCAGCCCGAGCAGCUGCACCAGCGGCGGCAGCAGCAGCCCCGGGGCCCGGAGAGGUCAGAGGCGCUCCGGGGCCGGGGGCCGGGGCCCGGGGCCGGCUCUGGGGAUGGGGCCCGGGCGGCGGCACUGCGGAUCCAUCUCCCCAGAUGCUGCCGUGCGUCUUCUCCAUCCUCCGUGUCGUUCCUCGUGUGGGCGCGGGGCGGAGGCCGCGCUGGGUGGGCCUGGCGGGCUGGUUUGAGGGGCCAGGCCCAGU